AUGUCGUUCGGCGGCCAAACCCCCACGAUCAUUGUCCUCAAAGAGGGGACGGACACUUCGCAGGGCAAAGGUCAGAUCGUGUCCAACAUUAAUGCGUGCCUAGCGGUGCAGGCAACGAUCAGGUCCACGCUUGGUCCCUACGGCGGUGACCUGUUGAUGGUUGACGCGAACGGCCGUCAGACGAUUACCAACGACGGUGCAACAGUGAUGAAGCUUCUCGAUAUCGUUCAUCCAGCAGCACGGAUUCUCGUUGACAUUGCACGGUCCCAAGAUGCCGAGGUGGGCGACGGAACGACGUCGGUGGUGGUGCUUGCAGGCGAGAUCCUCAAGGAGGUGAAGGAGCACGUGGAGCAGGGCGUCAGCGCGCAGAUCAUCAUCAAGGGCCUUCGGAGAGCUUGCACCAUAGCUGUCAACAAGAUCAAGGAAAUUGCGGUCGACACGAACGAGGCAGACCACCGGGAGACUUUAAGCAAGCUCGCAGCCACGGCCAUGACCAGCAAGCUGAUCAAGCGGAACACAACGUUUUUCACAAAGAUGGUUGUCGAUGCCGUCCUAGCUCUCGAUCAGGACGACCUGGAUGAGAAGUUAAUAGGUAUCAAGAAGAUCCCAGGCGGCUCGUUGACGGACUCGUUGUUUGUCGACGGCGUGGCGUUCAAGAAGACUUUUAGCUACGCCGGGUUCGAGCAGCAGCCCAAGGCCUUCACAAAGCCCAAGAUCGUGUGUUUAAACGUGGAGCUCGAGCUCAAGGCCGAGAAGGACAAUGCGGAAGUGCGCGUGGAGCAGGUGUCGGAGUACCAGGCAAUUGUGGACGCGGAAUGGCAGAUCAUCUACCGCAAGCUGGAGGCGGUAUACAAGACCGGGGCCAAGGUGGUACUCAGCAAGCUCCCGAUCGGCGACCUGGCGACUCAGUUCUUUGCGGACCGCGACGUGUUCUGCGCCGGCCGCGUGGCUCCGGACGACAUGGAGCGCGUGGUGCAGGCGACGGGAGCGACGGUGCAGUCGACAUGCUCGGACAUCCGGGCAGAGCACCUAGGCACGUGCGGCGUGUUUGAGGAGCGCCAGAUCGGCGGCGAGCGGUUCAACGUGUUCUCCGAGUGCCCACAGGCGCGUACGUGCACGCUGGUGCUGCGCGGUGGUGCUGAGCAGUUCAUCGCCGAGGUGGAGCGCUCGCUGCACGACGCCAUUAUGAUUGUCAAGCGCGCGAUUCGCAACCGCAGUAUCGUCGGCGGUGGUGGUGCCUGCGAGAUGGAGGUGUCGGCGUAUUUGCACCGCUUCGCCGACCGCGACGUGCCGCACAAGCAGCAGGCCGUGAUCAAGAGCUUCGCCAAGGCGCUCGAGGUCAUCCCGCGCCAGCUGUGCGACAACGCCGGCUUCGACGCCACUGACAUCCUCAACACGCUGCGCGUCGAGCACCGUCGCGGCCACACCUGGGCCGGCGUCGACUUUACCAACGAGGGCGUUGCCGACAUGCUGGAGCGCUUUGUCUGGGAGCCCGCCCUGGUCAAGAUCAACGCCCUGCAGGCUGCCACCGAGGCCAGCUGCCUGAUCCUCAGCGUCGACGAGACCAUUCGCAACGAGGAGAGCGCUCAGCCCCAGGCCCCCUCACGCGGACUCCCGCCAGGUGCCGCCCAGCGUGCUCUGCGGGGCCGUGGCCGUGGCAUGCCGAUGCGGUAG